AUGAGACUUCUGCGUCAGGCUUUUCUCACCGCGUUGCUGCUCUCGGUUCUUCCGUGGCUCUUCGUUGCUUUGCCCAGGAGGUCCAGGUCGCACCUGCGGUCGGUGGGGCGCUUGGCGCAAAAGGACAUGGAGCAGGAGCGAGAGGAGAGUCGUUUGGAUGCAGUGGCAGGCAGCGGCGAGCUGCCAGAGUGGCUGAUGGAGGCCACUGGAGGUGUGCCCAAAGAGCGGAAGACGGAGGGUGUCGAUUUCAGCUGGGACUAUCGCGCGGCCGGCGCGGUGAUUUUCGCCCUGACCUUGCUUUAUGUGGGCUUCCAGGGAGUUCCACUCUCGUGUCGCAGUAAACUCCUGGGCACCUCCGUUCAUUCUUCUCUACACGAGCCACGUGCCGGGCGAAUGGAGCAGCUGGAGCGGCGGGUGGCGCGUUUGGAAGAGCUCCUAUCGGAACCCGUGACGCAGGGCAGCAGCUGGGAAUGUAUGACGUGUAACAAUGUCAUGAAGUUCCUGAAGGCUUUGCAAGGCGAAGUCUCAACGUUGCGCCGAGCGCUGCCGAUGAGUGAAGAAGUGCAUGCUAUGAAAGAAGUGGUGAACUCGAUGCAGGGUUCUGUGGAGUUGAUGCGGAACAAAACACAAGCGAUGGAGCGGAGCUUGCGGGAAGUGAACGGACACAUCGACUCAAGCCACUCUAGCUUGUUGGACAAGCAGACGCGCUUGGAGAACGCCAUGGGUGUUUCCUUGGGCACUGAGCUUCCGCAGCUGAAGAAUGACCUCAAGGGACUGGAUCGGGACCUGCGAUUGAAGCAAGAUAGCUGGCUGAAAGAGGCUGGCAUGAAGCUGCAGGCCAUGCAAAGCAUGCCAUCAAUGUUGUCGACCUUGGAAAGUGACUUCCGGGAACGCACGAAGGAUCUCGAAGCCUCCAUCGAAGGGAAGUUCUCCAAGAUGGAAGGGCGAUGGGCGGAGAAAUGCUCAUGUUUCGUGGUGGAGAUCACCCGGCUCGUGGAGUCCAAGUUGGAGACGAAGUUGGAUGUGGCGCUUUGGGAGGAGUUGCGGAUUGACAUGGAGGCCUCGGUCAGCACCCUGCGAGAGGUCCUCCGCACCCAGCGCACGGCGCUCGAAGGCGAACUGAAAUCGCUUCGCAGCAGCGUGGAUUUCAGAGGAGAUGAGAUCCGCGCACUGAACCGAGAGCUCCGGAAGCUCUUGGUGCGCGGCGUGGAAGCCACGGUCGAGGCGGAGCGUGGAGGUCCUGAGACCGGCUCUUACACCGUGGUGCUCCAGUGAGCCGACGACGUCACCCGACGGGCCGAAGACCGGCCCCGGUCGGGCUGCGGGUUUCGCUGGAAACCGCGAAA